GCUACGGCCUCGCACUAUCACGGUCGGCAAACCGCCCGCCCGCCGAGUUUUCCUCGGUCUUCCCGUUUUUCUUUUCCGUUUUCCGAUAAUCGCCGCCCGCGAAAAUCCGAUCGGGGUAGUGUCGAACCCGAACGAGAAAAAUCGAACCGCGUUUUUUACUAGUUUUUUAUACUGAUAGAGAUAUUUAUUUUUGUACCGUAGUUACUUGUAUAUAAUUUUGUGAAGUAAGUUAUAUAAACUGUGGUGUGUGGAAUAUUCACGAUGUCUCAGCUCAUGAAAAAAAGGUUCCCUUCUCUUACCAGCAUUGACUUAGAGUCUGACGGAAAUACAGCAUUUCUCCGGGCAGCGCGUAAUGGGCAACUGGACAAGGUUUUAGAGUAUUUGAAGCAAAACAUAGACAUCAACACAAGUAAUGCUAAUGGCCUGAACGCUCUCCACUUAGCUUCGAAAGAUGGCCACGCGGACAUCGUGGCCGAACUGCUCCGUCGAGGCGCGGCAGUGGACGCGGCGACCAAGAAGGGCAACACGGCCCUGCACAUCGCCUCUCUUGCGGGGCAAGAAGAGGUUGUGCGGUUGCUGGUCCAACAUGGCGCAGCCGUCAACGUGCAGAGCCAGAACGGCUUCACGCCGCUCUACAUGGCCGCGCAAGAGAACCAUGACAACGUCGUCAGGUACCUUCUGGCCAACGGGGCUAACCAGAGCUUGUCGACGGAGGAUGGAUUCACACCGUUGGCCGUAGCAAUGCAGCAAGGGCACGACAAAGUCGUAACUGUAUUGCUAGAAAACGACACUAGAGGCAAAAUACGGCUACCAGCAUUGCAUAUAGCGGCUAAGAAAGAUGACGUCAAGGCAGCUAAGCUACUGCUUGAGAACGAGCACAAUCCCGACGUGACCAGCAAGAGCGGCUUCACUCCUCUGCACAUCGCCGCGCACUACGGCAACCGCGCGGUGGGCGCGCUCCUUUUGGAAAGGGGCGCGGACCCUAACCGCUCCGCCAAGCAUCAAAUCGCGCCGCUUCACGUCGCCGCCAAGUGGGGAAAAACGCCGAUGGCGCAGCUGCUUUUGGACAGGAGCGCCGCGGUGGACGCCCGUACCAGAGACGGACUCACGCCAUUGCAUUGCGCCGCGAGAAGCGGACACGAACAGGUGUUGGAUCUGCUUAUAGACAGGGGCGCGCCCAUCACGGCGAAGACCAAGAACGGCCUGGCGCCAUUACACAUGUCCGCGCAGGGCGACCACGUGGACGCCGCCCGCAUCCUCCUGUACCAUCGGGCGCCCGUCGAUGACGUCACAGUCGACUACUUGACAGCCCUCCACGUCGCUGCCCAUUGCGGACACGCCAGGGUCGCCAAACUGUUGUUGGACAGAGGCGCGGAUGCAGACGCCAGAGCUUUGAACGGGUUCACGCCGCUGCACAUUGCAUGCAAGAAAAAUCGGAUCAAAGUGGUCGAGUUGCUGCUCAAACACGGAGCAAACAUCAGCGCAACGACAGAAAGCGGACUCACACCCCUGCACGUAGCUAGUUUUAUGGGCUGUAUGAACAUAGUGAUAUACCUCCUCCAACAUGACGCCAAUCCUGACGUUCCCACCGUUAGAGGAGAAACUCCUCUGCAUUUAGCUGCUCGAGCAAAUCAAACCGAUAUAAUCCGCAUCCUCCUUAGAAACGGCGCUCAAGUAGAUGCUAGAGCGAGAGAGCAACAAACUCCUCUCCAUAUAGCUUCAAGACUCGGCAACGUAGACAUUGUCAUGUUGCUAUUACAACACGGCGCUAAAGUUGAUAACACUACCAAAGAUAACUAUUCUGCACUGCAUAUAGCUGCUAGAGAGGGACAAGAUGAGGUGGCAGCGGUUCUUUUGGAUAACGGUGCAUCCCCAGCAGCGACUACAAAGAAAGGCCUCACUCCGCUGCAUUUAGCCGCAAAGCACGGACACUUAGGUGUCGCUAAGUUGCUUCUACAGAAAGAAGCUCCAGUAGACACUCACGGCAAAAACGGCGUCACACCACUGCAUGUGGCUGCACAUUAUGAUCAUCAAAAUGUUGCCCUGCUCUUAUUGGACAAAGGGGCAUCACCUCACACAGCAGCUAAGAACGGCCAUACUCCGCUUCACGUUGCAGCGCGAAAAAAUCAGAUGGACAUUGCGCAUGCGCUGUUGGAAUUCGGCGCUAAGCCAGACGCGGAGAGUAAAGCCGGGUUCACACCUUUACAUUUAGCAGCGCAGGAGGGGCAUCAGGAAAUGGUGGCGUUGCUUUUGGAAAAUAAGGCGAACGUCAAUCACGAGGCAAAGAACGGCCUGACCCCUCUGCACCUCGCCGCCCAAGAAGACCACGUGGCGGUCUGCGAGACGCUGCUAAAGGCGGGCGCAGACGCGAACGCGGCCACUAAAGGCGGGUACACACCUCUUCAUGUCGCCGCCCAUUAUGGAAGAGCGGGGGCGGUGCGCACGCUGCUAACGCACGGGGCGAAGGGUGACACCAGGACGAGCAUGGGGUACACGCCCCUACAUCAGGCUGCGCAACAGGGGCAUGCGCAUAUUGUCGAUUUGCUGCUGGAGAACGGAGCCGACGCCAACGCUGUUACUACGAACGGCCAGACACCUCUGAAUAUCGCCCAGAAACUGGGCUACAUAACUGUGAUCGAAACUCUAAAAAUAGUGACCACCGUCACUACCACGACUACAACCACAACAACAAAUGUUGAAGAGAAAUACAGGGUGCAGGCUCCGGAGCUUAUGCACGAAACGUUCAUGUCAGAUUCUGAAGAAGAAGGCGAAGAUACAGUGUUGGGCGACCACACAACCUACCGAUACCUGACAGCAGACGAAAUGAAGUCCCUUGGUGACGAUUCGCUGCCCAUUGACGUGACCAGAGACGAACGGAUAGACUCCAAUAGGUUGCCAGCCACAGCCAAUGGGGAACCUCCGCAGCACAUUGAGGACGCCAUCAGUCCGGAACACGUCGGCAGGAACUACGUGGAAUAUGUCAGGAAAUGUGACAACGUGGAUAACAUCGGGGUACAUCCUGUCAAUAUUGGGAAACUUCACUGGAAGAACUUCCUGGUGUCGUUCCUCGUAGACGCGCGAGGUGGCGCAAUGCGCGGUCGGCGAGCAUCAGGCGUGCGCGUCAUCGUCCCGCCGAGGUGCGCGGCCAGUCCGACGCGCGUCACGUGCCGUUACGUGCGCGCGCAUCGCGCCCCCCACCAUCCGGCAGCGCCGCCUUUGAUGGAAGGCGAGGCGUUGGCGAGCAGGGUCAUCGAAAUGGGACCCGUUGGAGCUAAGUUUUUGGGACCUGUGAUCAUCGAAGUACCGCAUUUUGCUGCCCUUCGUGGCAAAGAACGAGAAAUUGUGAUAUUACGCUCAGACAAUGGAGAGUCGUGGAAAGAACAUACGGUCGAAGCCACAGAAGAAGUUUUAAAUGAAGUUUUACACGACAGUUUUGAAGCAGAGGGUAAGUGGCGAUAA